AUGCCCACACGCCACGCCACCAUCGCGCCCAGUCUCUCUGAAACAGCUGCAAACAGGCAACUACAAAGAAACAAAGUGUUCAACGGUGGUGCAGUUGUACUGGAAAAGGAGAGUGAUGCGUUUGGGGUCAGCAGAAAGUGGGCGAGUCUGUUGGAAGCGGUGGAGGGGGGCACAGUCAAGAAGUUGGGGGAGCUGCAGGCAUUGGAUGAGAACAUGUGUAUCCCCAACAACACCAGCUGGGACAAGGUCGGGCAGGAGUGGGCGGAUGCGAUCAAAGCAACGCUUGGAGUAUAUCAGAGCUCGUUUGGCGACCGCUUGGUCUCUGUGUAUGUCCGUGGGUCGGUGCCGAGGGGCCUCGCAGUGGCCGGAAUAUCGGACCUCGACAUGCUUGCUUACGUCUUUCAAGACAAUCUGAAUUCCCUGCCUAGGCCUCAUACCACUUCAGCCCCUGAAAACAAACGAUGGCGGGAGCUAGAGCGCCACAAGUCAGAGGCAGUCCACCGGUUCCCGUUCCUGACAGGGAUCGAGAUGCGGGUGGCUGUGCUAGAUCCUUCAUCACAAGAGGGCCUCACAAUAGCAAACGCUCUAUACCGUCAAAAGCCCGAGUCCAUCUUCCUCCAGAACCCCGAAAGACAAACUCAUCAGCAACCCACGUUAAACGCGGUUUCCCCUUCAGAACGAGCAGAGGAACUUUGUCCAAGUUAUUCAGAAGCCCUACUGCCCCUCGACUUUCCCUUCGCUUUUCUGGUCAAAGCCCAGGGUCUCAAGGUGUGGGGUUUGGACGUCCAAAGCCUGCUUCCACCAGAGGCAGCGCGUCCGACGUCUCGGGCCCGUCCGACGCUCCGCGACUCGGUCAAACGGGCGAUAAGCUAUGGGCAAUCGCACGUGGAGGAAGGGGACUGGGAGGCGGCGGGGGCUGUGUAUAAGUGGGCGCUUAAGAGGUGCAUCCGGGCGGGCUUUGAGAGCACGAUGGAAGAACUCGGGUGGAGGGUUUACACCCGCGACCUCUAUUGGUGCUGCCACGUGGCAGCCCAGCACCGUCCCGCGCUCGAACCCGUUCUCGUCCAAGCCCUGUUGCUGUGUCUCGCUGACACCACAUCGGUGGCGGGUUCGAGGAACACGGUAGAAAAUUGCUUGCAGGUCCUAGGUAGCGCUUUUAGUCCGGCCAUACCUACACGAACCGCUCAGAAAGGCAUUGCGAAUGUCAGUCAUUUAGAUAGAAGGCGCGCUUCGCCUAGCACAGCCACGUUUGUAAAGACCCCACCUCAAGUUCACGGCGUAGAACAACAAAACACCACAUCUCAGGCGGAGACGGCCGAGAAUAGCAGGUGGCCAGAAGCAAAGUGGCGCCUCAUUUUGGGCUUACUCGGAAGGAGAAGAGACCUCGAGACGGGUUGCGUGGCUGCGCCUCUGCCCGCUUUCAAGGGCGCCAUUGUGCGGCCGGUUGCUGAGUUUGAGUGGCGGGAUGAACGAGCCCGGGAGGCCGCAGUCAGGGAGCUGCAGCUGAUCCUGAGCGGGUCGCGAGAGGCUCGGCCUGUGAUUCUCCGUGGUGCCGGUGCUGGUCACCCUGCCGUCGGGAAGUGGACGCUCGACUCCCUGGCGGCAGACGGCGGGCUCUCGGGACUUGUCCGGGUGUCUCCCGACUUCAACUUCGUGUACUGCGAGGAGAGCCAUCCAGACGUCCGCAGCGGCCGCGUGUCCGCGCCUAGCCGCACCGUCCGCAUGUCCGUGCACGAGUUUGCGGUGCGCAGCCAGGCGCGACUGCCGCCAUGGGUAGGGCCGCUGCGUGGAGGAGACUACUUCUGGCGGGCGGAACGGUACUACCUGCAAGCGUCUCUGCCGCCCGCGCUGCUGCAGGACCUCCGAGCAGCCCUGCCGCCCUUCGUGGUAGCACGCGGGCAGGCGACUGUGAACAGCGCACGCGUAGAUCACAGCCUUACGCAUGACUUCCACCCUAGAAUUAGUCGUAGCACUGUCGAAACGCAGGGCGAUAGCGAGAAGCGGCGGACCCUGCCGGCAAGCGUAGGACAGACUGAGAGUUCAGCGGCAGGGGACGACAGCAGAAACAGACGUCAGCACAGCGGUGAUGACGUCAGCAAUCAAAUUGACACCGGGCGUAGCAGCACGCAGCGUGGACGAAGCGGAUCAGAAGCGAGCGUUGUCGGUCCCAGCCCGACUUCUUCGAGUGACGUCAGCGGAGUCGCUCGAGGAGGCGUCAGCAAGCGACUCGUGGAUGACGUCAGCGGGCGACGGGGGUGGGAGGUGUCGCAGGAGCCGCGGCUGUGGAUGUCGCCACGUGGCGCCGUGUCGCCACUCCACUUCGACGCGUCGCCGUCCUGCCUGCUGCAGGUGCGCGGCCGCAAGCGGAUGCUGCUAUACGACUCGCGCGACCUGCCGGCCCUGUACCCCUACCCAGACGACCACCCACUGAGGAGGCGGGCACAAGUCGACCCCACGGCUCCCGCCUUGUCUGCCUUCCCUGCGUUUGCGGAAGUUGCCGCGCUCGAAGCGGCACUUUGCCCGGGUGACGUCAUCUUCUUCCCAAGGCGGUGGGCGCACUACACGGAGAGCCAAGACUUCUCUAUGUCCGUGAGCUGCCGGUUCUUCGAGGCGCACUGAACGCCCGCGCUUGAAUGCAAACGGCUGCAUAUACCGGGUCUCAAAGGAGGGACGGUGAUUAGUUCAAGGUGGAUAUCAGUCUGAGUAGGACGGCCUCCCACACAGGUAGACACGCUCGAUCAUAAGUACGCCCAGCGGGACGUGCAUAUGGGGGGCGGUGACGGUGACGCUUGAGUUCUUAGAUGAUACGGUCCGGGCAUGCAGCAAAGGAGGGAGGAUCUAGCGCAGUGGCAUGACAUAAGGCUAAUAAGCGCAGCGAAUCCAUGAAUCUGGUGAGGACGCUCAAUUCCUAUCAGGACCCCUGCUUUGCAACGUCUCUGGGUUCUGGCUUACUUCGCAUCAUGCAUGUCUAACCUACCGAAUCUCGUUUUUACUGAGUCCUACUACCC